GAUAAAUUGAAAAUUAACAACGAAGCAUUCUAUUAGAAGAAAGAAAACAAAAUGGCAAAAAUAGAAGAACUCCCCGACGACUUCGACGAAUCCCUCAACCUGAACGAUACCAACCACGCUCACCAGGAAGAUGACAAGAAGACAGAUCCAGUUGUUUCCUCCCUCCCACCCAGCGGCCUAAACGACAUCAUUAAAGAUGCAACUAGCAAUAACGAUAUCUCUUCCCUCCCGAUUUCCGAAGAAACACCCUUCCCCAUUAAUGAGGAACGACUAAAGGAGAUCCAGAAUGACCCCGCAGCUCCCAGGAUGCCGCCGGCCAUGGCGUCGGUCAAGUCGAAUACGACGGAGGACUUGUUGGAUAUGAUGAAUAAGACGCCUUUGUUUAUGACGGACAUCGAGAAGGCGAGGGAUGAGAACGGGGAAAAUUACUACCUAGAUGCCCUCAUGGCGCUUCAGAAUGAAGGUACCAGAGGUGAGGUUGCGCAAAAUUUCAGAGAACAGGGGAAUGAGGCGGCCCGGGAGAAGAGGUGGGGGGAUGCGAAGGAGUUCUAUACGAAGGGUAUUGCUGUAUUGAGGGUGAAGGAGGAUAAGUGGGAUAAGCCUGAGGAUCCUGAGGCGGAGAAGAAACUCCUGCGCGAGUUGGAGGAGGCAGUGUUUGUGAAUCGGGCGUUGUGUAAUUUGGAGUUGAAAAACUACCGCUCUACGACUCUCGACUGCGCCGAAGCCCUCAAGGUCAAUCCGAAAAACAUCAAAGCAUACUACCGUUCCUCCCAGGCGUUGCUGGCUCUGGAUAAGAUACCCGAAGCUUUGGAUGUUGUGACCAGAGGUCUGGCACUGGACUCGAAGAACAAGUCACUGCAACAGGUCUCUUCCAAGAUCAGCGCUCGGAAAGUCGUUCUGGACGAGAUCGCUGCGAAGAAGAAAGCCGAAGUAGAGAAACGCAAGAAGGAGCUGCUGAUCAAAAGCGCUGCGUUGAAGGCCCGCCAGAUACGCACCCGCAAAACCGCCCAACCGCCGGAUAUGGAGGGGGCGGAGAUCCGACUUGUUCCUGAUCCGCUUUCUCCAGAAAGCACGCUGGAAUUCCCCGCUGUCUUUUUGUAUUCUAUGGAUGCACAGUCGGACUUCGUGAAGUCGUUCUCGGAGAUGCAUUGCAUCGCUGAUCAUCUGGAGUACAUUUUUCCCUUGCCCUGGGAUGAGCGGGGGGAGUACACGAUCAGCGGGGUGGAAUGCUUCAUGGACACUGUCUCCGGGGGAUUGAUCAAGGCAGGGAAAAAGGUGCCUCUGCUGAGGAUUCUUUCGGGUGGGAAAGUCGAGGUUGUGGACGAGUUGGUCAAGAUUUACGUAAUACCUACAGGAAAGGUUGGGAAGUUCAUCGAAAAGAUGAAAGAGAGAAAACAAGCAGGAAAUUGAAGAGCCCGUCCUCACUAGCAUAGCACAAUCCGGGGCAUCAUCGGUCGACACUGUUUCAUUCUCACAACUCCCCUGUGGACCCACGCCGCUUGCUCCCGCUCACACCCACACUCGUCCGACUCUUCAGCGCCAGAUCCGCCCUACUCACGACAUUCCUGAACUCCAUCCUUACCCAACGCAUGCGCCGCUUGUACUUUCGGCGAUACCUCCUUAGUCGACGUUGAUAACUGGCGACUUUCUCCUCGAGCCUCUCUCUCCUCGAAAUGGCAGUAUCUUUGAUCAUGCGGAUGACCGUAUCGAGGGACUCGGUGUUCUCAGAAUCGAGCAGGCCCGUUUCGGCAGCUUUGGCGAUGUAGAUGAAGGUGGCCGCUAUGUCUGUUGAGAUUGAGGAGACGAGAGCCGUUUUCUGGGACGGAGAUAGGGAGGGAAGGAGAGCAAGACGGAGCGUGCAGGAGCCGGGUUUAAGUGGUUUUGGAUAUGAACGAGACAUUUGGAUGGUUAACUCGUAUAUUGGGACUGUUUGUUUUCUAGGGUUAUAUGGAUGAUAGUGCCAGGAAGGAAUGUCAGGUAGUUCUACCUUUAUUUAUAUAGAACUAACUGCCAUUUCACGGGUUGGUUAUCCUGUCAAUGCAGUCUGCCUUGAGCCCUUUGAAUCGGUGGACAUUUCUUUAAUGCGCCUCAUGCAUAGAAAGAUAUACAUGUGUUUUCUGCACGCAUCCUGUCUUCUUUGCCAACUGCAGCUAUGGCUAUGCUACAGGUAUUACAACCUUUGCAGCAGAAACACCCUGCUUCUGCCUAUCCAGCCCAGCCUGGACCUUUUCCAGCCCACCCUCGAUAAUAAUCGGAUCUAGCUUAGGCUUCAACUGACCAGACUGCAGAGCCUGAGGGACAAAAUCCCUCCAAACGGCAUUAGCUACAUCUUGGUACUUUGUAGCUAUAUUUGCCGCGAAUACUGCCAUUUUAUCAGCAGACAUGCACACAGAGAAAGAGAUAAGAAAACUUACGCCCCGAAGCCGUAACACCAACAGGCAACUUUCUCGGCGGAUUCAACACAGUCGCAGCCUUCCCCUUCAAUCGACCCAUAAUCCCU